AUGGAUAGUGCAGCAGCUUCUGACAAAACGCACUGGGAAAGUGUCGUCAUUGGUGUCAGUGCUGGCCGCAACGAGGAUGAUCACCUCGAAAGCCCUAUAUCCGAUGCACUGCUAGUAGCAAAGACAGCUGGCGAUGUGGGUCUUUGCAGCGACAGGGUUUUCACAGUUACUGAUGCCGCCGAGCCUUGCAGCCAAGCCACGGUUAAGUCUGCGCUCAUGAGCGCAGCUAGGAAGCUGCACAAGAACUCCAACUUGCUGGUCUAUUUCGGAGGUCACGGAGCUUGUGGCCCGUCUGGCUACACUCUUGUGUGUCCUCGUGGUCUGCGGCAUCUUGACGACAGCUUUUACCUCGAAGAUCUGGUGGCCAGAGUAGUGGAUGAAUGUGGCUGCCGUUCGGUAGGAGUUCUUGUUAUUUCAGCGGCUUGCAGGCCGGAGGCAAGACACGUGAUCCAGGAUGGCUUGGAUGACCUUGCUGAAAUGCUCAUCAGCGAUGAAGUUGACAUGGAGUUCCACCAGGCACAUGAAACUAAUACGUACAUCCAUGCCUGGGCCUGUCAGAGAGGCCAAAGCAUGGAGGAUACUUGCAUUUUUGCUGAAUCCCUUUGUUUUUUGCUUCGUCAGCGGCCUCAAUAUGUGCAGUAUUUGCUCAGCAGCUUGCAAAGUGAGGCAUUUUUUAUGACUCUUGGGGAGGUUGCUGUUCAAAAGACAGAAGCAGCGGCUCUCAUGCCUUUGCUUCAAGGCGGGAAAAUGCCUUCAGCUCUGCGUUUGGAUGAUGCAGAGUUGCAUGGCGGAGGAUUAUUCAGGCAGCACUUGCGAGGAUUGCUUCACGGAGACCUCCGAGAGAAGCGUUUAAACUAUGAGGUUGCCAGAGACACAGCAGUGAGAACUGUGGAGGAGCUGUGUCGGCAUAAGCCUUGGGAGCUAAAGGUUGAGACUCAGUUUGAACUCCUGACCUCGGCCACACUCCAGCAAUUCCAUGAUGCUCUUUGCAGAAUUGCAGGCGAUAACACAGGCGGUACUGGUAGCUCAGGAUUGGGCACUGGCUUAGUGGAUUUCAGAACUGAAAGUUCCGAAGAUGAGGCCACCGAUUGCACAGUUCGUGAAGCACUUCAAAACAUUCCUUUCAGUGUGCUGGAGCUGGUGUUGAAGCUCAGCCGCGAAGAGACCGUGGAUCACUUGGUUGUGAGACAAAUGCUGGACGUGCUGGGAAGAGCUUAUUCACAGAUGAGUGUGGACGACCUGAGAACUGCAUGCGAAGAAGCCGCUGGCUGGUCGUGGUGUCCAUUCGCUGUGUCCUCGCAGAGUACGCCAUGCAUCGACUUGGAGGCUCACCGAUUGGCAAAGGCGGUGUGGAGAGGGUGUCAGACACUUGGCAUCCAGGAUGCGAGGGUUUUGGUAGCAGAGUCCUCUGCAUGGAUUUUUCUACUGACUCCCAAGAGGCUGUCCAAGGAACAGCGCGUCGGCAUCGUGAGCUGUGUCUCUGAGUUUAUGGACAAGCUGAAGGCCAAGGCGCUGGUCUGGAGGUCUGCAACACCUCCUGAAGAACAAGCGCUUCAUUUUGUGCCACCGGGAUUGCGCAGCCUUCUCCAGACUGUCCAAUGCAUGGGAAAGAUAAUUCGGCUUCCGCCGACUUUGGUGCUGAACGUGCGAGGCUUCCGACGCCUUGCUCUCGACUGGCUACGUGCUCGCAAGUAUCCUGGACUGCAGGAGUGGCAGCUGCGCUUUGUCAUGGAUGGUGCUGAUCUGCACAGUCAUGCAUGGCUGACGACAGCCAGGGGCCUCCGAAUCGUUGUAAUGCGGGACUGGACAGCCGCGAUGUCGCAGUCAAGGUGUUUGCAGCAUGUAAUUGCUCCAAUGUUUUUCGAAUAUUCAAUGGAUUCAGGGAGUCGAUGCAAAAAUGAUGUAUUUCUACGUUGCACGUGGACGUUGGGAUCGCUUGCACACUGUUGCAUAGCUGCUGAGCAAGCUGCUGGAUCCGAAAGCGGCAAGGUUGCCGAAUCUAUUCUUUACUACUCGAGCUCCCGGGGGUGUUUCGAGGUAUGCCUGUGGGAGCUGUGUUGUCACCUGGCCAACCGCCAAAGCUUGAACUUGGUUAGUACGGAUGAGGAAGAGGUUAGCUAUGCCCUGGUUGGGUAA